AUGGACUACAAACAACAGCUGACCUGUCUGCGGAGCUUCUAUCAGGACCUGUACGCGCCGUCGGAUGAACCGAAGUUGCACUCUGAUUCGGCACCCAUGCUUCAGCUAUCUCCUGAAGAGGCCCAGCAACGCCUUGCAUCACUCCCCGUUGGGAAGGCUGUCCCUCCACAGUUCGCUCCAACUGCUGCCUUCCGUGCUUGUUCGGAUGUUCUUGCAGGGUGGCUGAGCGAGAAGAUACAGCAUCUCCCGGAUGUUCCGGAGGAGUGGGCGGAGUGUUGGCUUGCCUUGCUACCUAAAGUAACCUGUCCCACGCUGCCCAAACAGCUACGCCCAAUUGGGCUUACUGAGCCGACAGGGCGUGCGUAUGCCGGUGCUUUGCAGGAUCGCCUCAGGCCAUAUGCGAUGGCAUACAUUGGAGCAUGGCCUCAGCUUGCCUAUGUUCCCAAUAGGAGCACAGGGGAUGCCUUGCGUCGUGUUUUGCGUCACUGUGACUCAGUUCGCUCUUCGCAAAAACGCAGACGAUACGACAUCCAACAGGCCAGAUGGCAUUCUGUCUCUGCCUCCUCUGGGACAUCCGCCAAAAUCGGUGGCAUUCAGGCAAUUCAGGCCUCGUUCGACCUCACACAGGCGUUUGAUCGCCUGGGCUGGACACUUGUCCAUGAGGCACUUAUAGAUGCCCAAGUACCCGUUGAGUUGCGCGGUCAGCUUCUCGACUUCUACAGGCAUCUGGGCUAUCACUUGCGCUUUGGUGAUGAGCAUGCCGUGGUCCGAGCAUCGCGAGGCGUUAAGCAAGGCUGCAAAGUGGCUCCAUUGCUUUGGAGUUUGACCACAGGUCUGCUCAUGAGACGACUUGCACGGCGCACUUCGCAGGCGUGGCUUCUUAGGGUUCUCACGGCUUUUGCCGACGACCUGCACCUUGGACAAGAGGUCCGAAGUCUUGAAAUGCUUACCUUGGCGGUCCUCCGCAUCGGCCAUCUCAUUGAGGUUCUAGAGGAGGCGCGUAUGAUCAUCAACACUGACAAGUCUGUCAUAUUGAUCUCUCUACCCUUCAGCUUUGAUACUAAGUGGAGGCGCCGUAAUCUCUGUCGUGUUGGCGAUACAGUCCGCCUGCAGCUUCGCACACCUUCAGGCAGGGGAUACAAGCUGCCAGUUGUCUCCCAGCACAAGUACCUAGGUGCCAUCAUCACCUAUGAAGGGGAUUGUGCCGAACAUACUGUUGCUUAUCGACUGCAACAGACUUGGGCUGCUUGGAGUCGUCUCCGUCCCGCACUGACCUCAGCCUCUGCCCCUGCUUUGCCAAUCAGAUUGCGGCUGUGGAAAGCCUGCAUACCGCCCAUCGCACUGUAUGCUCUGGACUGCCUCCCUCUUCACCGUCGACUACUUACGCAGGUCCAGCAUGCUUUAACACGCCAGCUUCGAGCGGUUGCCAGGUCACAGGCACACCUCACGCAUGAGUCUACUGACAGUCUUCACCACAGGCUCGGCGUUCCUCUUGUCCAACACACUCUGUUGCAGACCGCUGUCAAGCAACUGGAACGUAUGCAACAUCUGCCUGCAGAAGCUCGAUUCUUAGAUUGCACCGACACUUCCGGUGCCAAUGCUGCUCCUACGCGUUCCGAUCUACAGGAGCGACAACCAGCGCUUCCAGCGGGAGUUGCACUCCACAG